CACCGUUACCCUGUGAGGCCAGGCAGGGGUGGGCCGGGAGCAGAAUGCCAAGAUGGUAGCCCCACCACACAUCCCUGGUCCAGACUGCCUGCGCCCGUUCACCCGUGAGUCCUUGGCGGAGAUCGAGCAGCGCAUUGCCGAGGCGGCGGUCAAGGACUUGAAGGCGCACCAUGAAGAGGUUCUGGAAGAAGUUCCGGAGCUCAAGCCCCGCAGUGACCUGGAACAAGGGAAAGGCCUUCCGAUGAUCUACGGGGACCCACCCUUGGAGUUAAUCGGGGUGGCCCUGGAGGAGCUUGACCCCUUCUAUAAGAAUCAAAAGACGUACAUCCUUCUCAACAAAGGGAAGACCAUUUUCCGGUUCAGCGCUACUCCUGCCCUCUAUAUGUUAGACCCGUUCAAUAUUGUCCGGAGGGGUGCCAUCCAAGUGCUGAUCCAUUCAUUAUUCAGCAUGUUUAUAAUGAUAACCAUCUUAACCAACUGUGUCUUCAUGGCCAUGAGUGACCCGCCGUCGUGGGCCAAGAACGUGGAGUAUACUUUUACAGGCAUCUACACCUUUGAGUCCAUGAUCAAGAUACUUGCUCGAGGAUUCUGCAUAGACAACUUUACAUUCCUGCGAGAUCCAUGGAACUGGCUGGAUUUCAGCGUCAUUGUUAUGGCUUAUGUCACGGAGUUUGUGGAUUUGGGCAAUGUCUCUGCUCUGCGGACGUUCCGUGUUCUCCGGGCACUUAAAACCAUCACGGUUAUUCCAGGGCUGAAAACCAUUGUGGGCGCCUUGAUCCAGUCGGUGAAGAAGCUUUCGGAUGUAAUGAUCCUCACCGUAUUCUGCUUGGCCGUCUUUGCCCUCGUCGGCCUGCAGCUCUUCAUGGGGAACCUUCGGCAAAAGUGCGUCCGGUGGCCACCCUUCACCAACGACACUUUUCAAGAAGAUGCCUUUGGACUUGAUAGCGACCCCUUUGGCAACGGGACCCUUGGCACGCUGGCAAACGCAACUCUGCUCAGUAACGUGACGGCCAACAGCACUUUUGACUGGAACGAGUACAUCAAUGAUGAAGCCAAUUUCUACUUCCUGGACGGUGCCCUGGACGCCCUGCUCUGCGGGAACAGUUCUGAUGCUGGGCACUGCCCAGAAGGCUACCUCUGCAUGAAGGCUGGUCGAAACCCAAACUACGGCUACACGAGCUAUGAUACCUUCAGCUGGGCCUUUUUGUCACUCUUCCGCCUCAUGACUCAGGACUUCUGGGAGAACCUCUUCCAACUGACCCUACGAGCUGCUGGGAAGACGUACAUGCUUUUCUUCAUUGUGAUCAUUUUCCUGGGAUCGUUCUACCUCAUCAACUUGAUCCUGGCUGUGGUGGCAAUGGCCUAUGCCGAGCAGAAUGAAGCCACGAUUCUGGAGGAGCAGGAGAAGGAAGCAGAGUUCCAGCAGAUGUUGGAGCAGCUGAAGAAGCACCAGGAGGAGCAGCAGAGGCUGCUUCAAGAAGCAGCAAACAGCAGCUCUGCAGAGAGUAUCGCGGUGGAGAAGAAAAAGAAGGGGGACUCAGACCAAGAGGCACCCAGUGACCAAGACUGCAAUGGCCGGGUUGUCCCGCGCGUGGUGUUGGAACGAUCAGCCACAAUAGACGAGUCAGAUCCCUCGGAGGGACCCGUGAAGUCUGACCAGAACCACCUGCAGGUGGGCAAUCAAGACGGGGCGGGUCUGCAGAAACGAGCAGGAAGCGCCCUCAGCGUCGUCUCCAACACCCUGGAUGAGCUGGAGGAGGCACACCAGAAGUGUCCGCCCUGGUGGUACAAGUUUGCCAACGCGGUCCUCGUGUGGAACUGUUGCCUGCCGUGGGUAAAGUUUAAGCAGUUUGUCAAGCUCAUCGUCAUGGACCCCUUUGUGGAUCUGGGGAUCACCAUCUGCAUUGUCCUCAAUACUGUCUUCAUGGCCAUGGAACACUACCCAAUGACUGAGGAGUUCAACCACGUGCUGGGCGUGGGCAACCUGGUCUUCACUGGAAUAUUCACAGCUGAGAUGGUGCUCAAACUGAUUGCUCUGGACCCCUAUGACUACUUCCAGGUGGGAUGGAACAUUUUCGACAGUAUCAUCGUCACCCUGAGCUUGGUGGAGCUUGGCCUCGCCAACGUCCAGGGGCUGUCCGUGCUCCGCUCCUUUCGGCUGAUGAGAGUGUUCAAGCUCGCCAAAUCCUGGCCGACCCUCAACAUGCUGAUCAAAAUCAUCGGCAACUCGGUGGGCGCCCUGGGCAACCUGACCUUAGUGCUGGCCAUCAUCGUGUUCAUCUUUGCCGUGGUGGGCAUGCAGCUGUUUGGGAAGAGCUACAAGGAGUGCGUCUGCAAGAUCUCCGCCGACUGCGAGCUGCCGCGCUGGCACAUGCACGACUUCUUCCACUCCUUCCUCAUCGUCUUCCGCAUCCUUUGCGGGGAGUGGAUCGAGACCAUGUGGGACUGCAUGGAGGUGGCGGGACAGGCCUUGUGCCUCAUCGUCUUCAUGAUGGUCAUGGUUAUCGGGAACCUGGUGGUUCUCAACCUGUUCUUGGCCUUGCUGCUCAGUUCCUUCAGUGCCGAUAGCCUGGCGGGCUCUGACGAUGAUGGCGAGGUGAAUAAUUUGCAGAUCGCGAUUGGCAGGAUUACACGGGGGAUCGACUUUGUCAAGAAGCAAGUGCUCUGGCUACUUCACCAGGUCUGGAAGGGGAAAAAGGAAACACCAACCAAGGCAGAGGAUGACAGCAAGAAGGAGAAUUUUGUCCUCAACCACAUGGACACAGGUCAGGACUCCAAAUCGAAUUACGUGGACGGCAUAGCCAAGAAAGAGUUGGCCAUUGAUGGGCUGCACCACGUGGAUGUGGGCCAGGACUCCAAGUCGGAUUACAUCAACGGCAUAGCCGACAAGCAGCCGGUCAUUAAUCAGCUUGACAUCAGCCAGGGCUCCAAACCGAACUACUUGGAUAGAAUGGCCAAAAGAGCGCCAUUCAUUGAUGAGCUGGAUCACAUGAACUUCAUUAACAAUCCCAGCCUGACCAUCCACGUCCCAAUAGCCUCGGAAGAGUCGGACCUUUAUGAUGAAACAGACACAGGAGAAGAGACAGCUGAAGACACCAAGAAGCCGCUGUCGGAUGGGACUGAGUCAUCUGUCUGCAGCACGGUUGAUUACAAGCCCCCUGACCCCUUGGAGGAGGAAGCCGCAGCCGAGGAGGGCGAGGGGAGCGAUGAGCCGGAAGAAUGCUUUACUGAGGCCUGCGUUCGGAGGUGCCCUUGUCUCUACGUUGACGUCAAGACGGAAAAGGGGAAGAAGUGGUGGAAUCUCCGGAGGACAUGCUUCACGAUAGUGGAGCACAACUGGUUUGAAACCUUCAUCAUCUUUAUGAUCCUCCUGAGUAGCGGGGCCCUGGCUUUUGAAGACAUCUAUAUUGAGCGGCGGCAUACGAUCCGUACCAUCUUGGAAUACGCCGACAAGGUCUUCUCCUAUGUCUUUGUGAUUGAGAUGCUACUGAAAUGGGUGGCCUACGGGUUCAAGGUCUACUUCACCAAUGCCUGGUGCUGGUUGGACUUCCUCAUUGUUGACGUAUCUCUGAUCAGCUUGACUGCAAAUUGGCUGGGCUAUUCUGAGCUGGGACCCAUCAAAUCCCUUAGGACGCUUCGUGCCCUGAGACCUCUUCGGGCCUUAUCCAGAUUUGAAGGCAUGAGGGUGGUCGUGAACGCUCUUCUGGGGGCCAUCCCGUCCAUCAUGAACGUCCUCUUGGUCUGCUUGAUCUUCUGGCUCAUCUUUAGCAUUAUGGGGGUCAACCUCUUUGCAGGGAAGUAUUACCGGUGCAUCAACACCACCACCGCGGAGCUCUUCGACAUCAGUGUAGUGAACAACAAGACCGAAUGCUUGGCCCUCAACUACACCAAUGACGUCCGCUGGGUCAACGUGAAAGUCAAUUUUGACAACGUGGGCUUUGGCUACCUCUCUCUUCUGCAGGUGGCCACCUUCAAAGGCUGGAUGGACAUCAUGUAUGCCGCCGUCGAUUCCCGUGAGGUUGAGGAGCAGCCCCAGUACGAAGUGAACCUCUACAUGUACAUCUAUUUUGUCAUCUUCAUCAUCUUCGGUGCCUUCUUCACUCUCAAUCUGUUUAUCGGUGUCAUUAUCGACAAUUUCAACCAGCAGAAGAAAAAGAUAACACAGCAAAACAAAUUGCAAGGGAUGAUCUAUGACUUAGUGACCAAGCAAGCCUUUGAUAUAGUCAUCAUGAUCCUCAUUUGUCUUAACAUGGUGACAAUGAUGGUGGAAACAGAUGACCAGAGCCAAACAAAGAUAGACAUCUUAUUCCAAAUCAACCUGAUUUUCAUCGUGAUCUUCACCUCCGAGUGCUUCCUCAAGAUGAUCGCCCUGCGGUACUACUUCUUCACUGUCGGCUGGAACGUCUUUGAUUUUGUGGUGGUCAUUCUCUCCAUUGGAGGACUUGUGCUCUCGGACCUCAUCGAGAAAUACUUUGUGUCCCCCACACUCUUCCGGGUCAUUCGCUUGGCCAGAAUCGGGCGUGUCCUCCGGCUGAUCCGGGGAGCCAAGGGCAUCCGCACCCUCCUCUUCGCCUUGAUGAUGUCCCUGCCGGCCCUCUUUAACAUCGGCCUGCUCCUCUUCCUGGUCAUGUUCAUCUAUUCCAUUUUCGGGAUGUCCAAUUUUGCCUACGUGAAGAAGGAAUCCGGCGUCGAUGACAUCUUCAACUUCGAGACUUUUGGCAACAGCAUCAUCUGCCUUUUCCAGAUCACCACCUCAGCCGGGUGGGAUGGCUUACUGAACCCCAUCCUGAACAGCGGGCCCCCGGAUUGCGACCCGACUCUGGAAAACCCCGGCUCUUCCGUCAAGGGCGACUGUGGCAACCCGGCCGUCGGCAUCUGCUUCUUCUGCAGCUACAUCAUCAUCUCCUUCUUGGUGGUGGUGAACAUGUACAUCGCCAUUAUCCUGGAGAACUUCAACGUGGCCACCGAAGAGAGCAGCGAGCCGCUGUGUGAAGAUGACUUCGAAAUGUUCUACGAGACGUGGGAGAAGUUUGACCCAGACGCCACGCAGUUCAUUGAGUAUAGCAUUCUCUCUGAAUUCGUCGACACCUUGCAAGAUCCGCUGCGGAUUGCUAAACCCAACAGGAUCAAAUUGGUCACCCUGGACUUGCCCAUGGUCCCUGGGGAUAAGAUCCAUUGUCUGGACAUCCUCUUUGCUCUGACUAAAGAAGUAUUGGGCGACUCUGGAGAAAUGGAUGCCCUGAAGCAAUCCAUGGAGGAGAAAUUUAUGGCCGCGAAUCCUUCCAAAGUGUCUUACGAACCCAUCACGACCACUCUGAAAAGGAAGCACGAGGAAGUGUGUGCCGGCAAAAUCCAGCGGGCCUUCCGACGAUAUCUGCUAAGGCGGUCGAUGAAGCAGGCCUCUUAUAUGUAUCGGCACAGCCAAGAGGAGAGCUCGUUGGUAGAAGGCGCCCCAGAGAAAGAAGGGCUGAUUGCGGAGAAAAUGAAUUUAAUGUUCGGGUCUUCGGCAGCGCAGGCAGAAACUGAAGAGUCCUCGGAAACGGCCCCGCCUCUCAGCCUCGAGUUAGUCGCUGAUCCAAAGACUGACCCCACCAGUGAGAAGAAGGAUGAUCCAGGGAAAGGGAAAGGAGACGAGGAUCCCAGCAAAACAAAAGAGGGGGAGGGGGACCCCAGUGAAACCAAAAAGCAGAAGGCCACCAAGCGUGGCGUGAAAGAGUCAUUUGUAUAAUGCAGAGUGUUCUUGGCCAACAAUCCCUCGCUAUGUGGCCCUGAAAGACUUCUCUUGCAUCUUUCUCUCUCACACACAGACACAAACAAGGCCGAGCGAGCUAACCACCUGCUCUGGCCAGAUUUCAGGUACGCAGUCUCUUCACUUUGGGAGGAGAGCCCCUUCUGGGUUCUAACCUUUCAAAGACGCCACCAUGUGCCAGGAGAAUUUGUUUUCCUUAGGAGGUAAAUGUGAAUGAUCUGUAUUGCUGUGACAUCCAAUGUAGUAUGUUCCAAGGCUGGUUCCGAUGCUAAUUAUCCCUACUAAAGCUUUUCAAGGAAUGUUGAAGGUGGAGUGGUGGGGAGGGGAGGGGAGGGGCGUCAGGAGAUGCGAGCCUUCCCCAUUUCAGGGCAGCUCUAUUCCAGCUGCAUACGCUGGACUGGCAGAUAAUGUUCCCUGUAAGGUGUGAGGUCUUGUGAGCAAAAACUCUACUUUGUGAGCUACUGGCAUGAAAGUUGUG